ACUCUAUUCAAUUGGUGAUUCCACAAAACCAAAUCAAAAGACAACAUGAUAUUUAUAUUGCUAGUGUAUCUGAUACUCAUUGUAUUUGUGCUAGAGACUACUACCUUGCUAUCGUAUCCACCAUUGUUGAAACAGAUGAUCCGGAGUCUGAAAUUAAACCCGGUCUUGACUUGCUUGGUCCGAUUGUUGAGAAAUUUAUAAGUUUGUGUGAUCUCGAGGAACCUAUCGAAGAUGGGUGUAAGGAUCAAGUUUUCAUCUCUCGUUCCUAUGACGCCACUUCUCACUUUGGUACCGUGUGCGAUGAUGUCAAAAGCAUUUACCGAAGGGUAACUG